GGAAGUGACUCAUAUAUACAAACUGCAACAUGAUCUGACAAAUGACCAUCUGUUUGCGUGGAUUUGUUCAGCUGAUUUGAAUUGUGUAAACCUAUGCUAACCAUGGAGAGCAAUCAGGAGAGUGAUGUAGGAGUUCCCAUGACAGAGUUAGAUUGUCCAGGAGGAGAUAGAAGUGAACCUACACGACAGAGAGACUCAUGGAGCAGACAUCUGGACUACAUGCUGACAAUGGUUGGCUACUGUGUUUCAUUAGGAAACCUGCUGAGAUUCCCCUAUAUCUGCAACAGAAACGGUGGAGGAGCUUUCCUGAUCCCAUUCAUCUUGCUACUGCUCAUUACCGGAUUUCCAAGUUUCUUCUUAGAAUCGAUAAUCUCUCAGUUCUCGGGAAAGGGCGCCAAACAAGUUUGGAGCUUUUGCCCUUUGUUUAAAGGGAUUGGGGUUGGCGCACGUCCUGCCCUGGACAACGUGUAG